GCUUUUACAGUAAUAUACUGUAUACUCUGAGAAGGAAACAACCUCAUCCACUCAGAUCCUUCUUGGCAUAGCGAGGCCUUCGAUGAACUCAGCAGAAACAGUAUACCCGCCUAAGGGGGAAAGAUUAAAUAACACAAAGUUGCAGAUAUGUGAUAGAGAUCUUUAUGAACAGUAUUAUAUUGUCAUUUGUGUGUGUUUUUUCUUUUAGAUUUCCCCUGCAAGUAGGAAAAAUAACAUACUAACUUUACAUUGCAUUGGCAGGAAUUAGAAGUAAUCUCUUGAUUAAAUGAAUUGUAGUUUUUCCAGAAUGAGCUUUUUAUAUUCAUAUCAGGAGCCUGGUCAGCUCUAUGCGGAUGACGCCAUUUUGGCCACAGUAGCUCACAGUGGCCAAACAACAUCUUUUGACUUUUAAUAAUAGACGGCUAUGGUGGUUCUCCAUCACCCUUGGAAGGGAAUUUGUGAGAUGAGGGAUAUUCAGCUGCAGCAAGCAACUCCACCGAUGAAUGUUUACACGCCAUACUUUUCCCUUUUCUUGUGCUGAGUCAUUUUCAGAGACAUAAUUCUCCCAACUGUGUGACAAAUAAUGUUCUCCCGAAAAGGAGAAAUGAACAGCCUAAACAUGACUCGGCUGAAAUACUUUUUGCUGAUUUUUAUUUACAUUUUCACCGUCUGUGCAUAGUGAAGCAUGUGAUUUAUAGGUUUUUGGAUUGUACUGGAUUUUCCGUUUUUAUCUGUCCGACAUCCGACUGACCGAUGACUUAAAUAUAAUAAUCAAGGACAGAUUUCUUUAUCUUAUUCAAUAUUUUUGUAUGAUAAAGGUAUUGUAAUACGUUUGUAAUAGUAACAUUAUUGUAUGCCUCUUAUUUCUGUUGUAUCACCAAGUAGUAUAUUGGUAAUCAUAAUGGAAAAGCGUACGACAUAAGGGAGGAUGAAUUUCAACAUUUUAAUAUGGUUAUGAUCAAUUUCUAUUCAUAAUUAUUUAUCAUGUGAAGGUAAUGCACUAAUAGUAAUUCCCAUUGCCAUGCUUUUAUUGGAGAUUACUUUGGAAAUAAUGUGGUAUUACUGUAAUAUUAUGUCCUUAGUCUCACACUACUGGCAGUGUUAUUGGAAAGGAUAAUGAAAAUUUAAUGUGUAUGAAAUAUAUUUGGUUUCCUCUUCCCUUAAUUGUCCCACGAUCCCUCGGAAUGUCUCUGGCAAACCCCCACUUUAUGAAACACUUUGCCUCGUGCUUCCUUAAGGCAAAAAAACCCCCCUCCUAACUCUUUAAAAUGGUUUAUCUUCAUUGACUGACUGGUCUUACAGUGGAAAUGAGAGAGAUAUAACGCCACGAGCCAUUCAUAUCAGACGUUAGAUGUUCAUUAGACAACGGUAUGAUAUAGUAGUGAUGGCCAUAAAGGAAUUAAGAGAGUGUACCUCUUUCAUAAUCUGUCUUUUAUAUCUUGCGGGGGAUCAUUUACGAGUUAGUUUGUGUCCCUUCUGCAGCUCUCUGAUAUAUUUUAGUCGGAGCCACAGAACAAUACCACAAGCGUGCCACAGUUGGUCUACACUGAGACUGCACAUGUACUGUGAAAAUCUCCUCUUGUGUUAUUGCUGCUCCAAUGCGUCGCCUCGCCACAGCUCUUUCUUUGCUGCAUAAUUAGUGUCCAAAUUAAAUCCCUCUGUCUUCCACAAAGUAUCUCCACCUGUUAAUGUACACCAUUUCCUCAUUUCCUCCUCUGUUACCCCUGCCAAGUCCCAUACUUAAAAAGUUCCUGGAGAUGCUCUGGAAAGAAAUCUCAAGACGGCUGAUACAGGUUGCCAGCUCUGCUCCUGCGGCUCAUUCAUGAAUGUGUAGUGUAGGAAGGAUAAAAUAGUGUAAGUGGAAAGGUCUUCAUCUGACCCCAAAGUCUUUGGGUUAAUAGAGUCAUCACCAUUGGUGGCAGUUCUACAAAUACUACUUUCUGCCUCUUUGAAUGAGGAGGUAAAUUGACCUGGAGAUGGCAUUUGUGAGUGAGUGUGUCGGCAUAUAUUGGUUUUAAUGUAGUGUCAAUGGGUGUGUGAGAGAGACUGAGAGGGUUUGUCUCCGUGUUUGGGAAAAAUCUGAGAUUGGUUUUUGAUGGCCACCUGCAACGUGCGUAGGUGUGCUUGCAUGGGUUUGCACCAAAGGGAAUCGUGUCAUUUUCUUAUUUGCGGACGUAUCUGAAACCGUGCUACGCGAGAAACUGUUCUACUGUAUAUACCAGGGUAUGUGAUCUAAGGAAUUAUGACUGGAGUUCGUAGAAAACGAAACAAAUGACAAAAUCAUUCUAAUAAUAUUUAAAGUCACCUUAUCUUUUGCUCCAUCUUAAUCUAAUUUCUCUAUACCAGUGUGUGAAGUAUAUGGGAGGAUGAGAGAAUAUCCUGUGAAAAGUCUAUAGCUGACUUUGCUCAGCCGAUAUACAACACGUUUUUUUAAACAUUGGUGAUAAUGUUACUUCAAGAGCUCAAUGUUUUCUCAGGUGGUAUAAAAAGUUUGAUAACUAGACCAAACUAACUCAGUCUGGGUGAGGAAUGGCAGAGCUGAUUUUUCAUUUAAGUCAUUAGUAUUUGUACUUUCAGAAUUGUUUUAUGUGAUGCAAUUGCAUCUAUGAGCGCAACGUUUGACAUGUUUUAUCAGGGAAAAGCACAGGUGUGAAUCAUAACUUAAAUAAAUGGCUCUGUUCCAGUCCUGCAAGUCACAGGACAGCGCGACAGCGAGCCAGCGUGCGCCCUGAUACUGACGAAGCUAAAUGGAACUCAUGGAACUCGGCCAUCAUUAAUUCUUUACUGUGCUAUUCUUACUCUGACCUGUCUAAAUACUUACCAUGAAAAAAAAAGCUCCUCGAGAAUAAAUUAGAUGAUAGGAUUUUACUCUUACUUCCAUUGUGUCUUGAGACACACGUGCUGUGUAUCCUUUUGACUUUUGUUGUAAUCUCACUAUCUCUUAGGCAAAAAAAUGCAACACGGUUUGGCAUAGUUUGCGAGGAUAUUGUUUUAUCAUUAUUUGCCUGGCAUGCCAAGGACUAGAUAUAAUGUCAUAGAAGGAAUUUAACUUAAAUGUAUGCCAAAAAUAUAAUCUCAAAGCACACUAUGCAGCUCCAUUUCAUCCAUUUGUCAGCUAUAGGGUAAUCCAUCUAUCUAUCUGUCUUCUACCACUUUAUCCUCCACAUGAGGGUCACGGGGGGAGCUUUGCCAAUCUCAGCUGACAUAGGGCGAAAGGCGGCGUCACAACCUGGACAGUUUGCCAAGUCUUCAACUGUAUCCUAUGUGGAAACAGAGGCUUAUGAAAGUUGGUUGCCAACACAGUGCUGUUCACAAGUGUCAACCUGUCAGGGCUGUUUGUGCGCAUCCUGACAGAGCGAGCCCAGAGGAAGGCCUUCCUGCAGGCUCGCAACUGCAUCGAGGAGCGACUCCGUAUGGAGGACGAGAAUGAGAAGCAGGAGCGCCUGCUAAUGAGUCUGUUGCCCAGGAACGUAGCUAUGGAGAUGAAAGAGGAUUUCCUGAAGCCCCCAGAAAGGAUCUUUCACAAAAUCUACAUCCAGCGCCAUGACAAUGUCAGCAUCCUCUUUGCAGAUAUAGUCGGUUUCACCAGCCUGGCCUCCCAGUGUACGGCGCAGGAACUGGUUAAACUGCUCAACGAGCUGUUUGGAAAGUUUGAUGAGCUCGCCACGGAGAAUCACUGUCGCAGGAUUAAGAUCCUGGGGGAUUGUUAUUACUGUGUGUCUGGACUGACCCAGCCGAAGACAGAUCAUGCACACUGCUGCGUAGAGAUGGGCCUGGACAUGAUUGACACCAUAACGUCUGUGGCAGAGGCCACUGAGGUCAACCUAAACAUGCGUGUGGGCUUGCACACAGGUCGCGUGCUCUGUGGAGUGCUGGGUCUCAGGAAAUGGCAAUACGACGUUUGGUCCAAUGAUGUGACCCUGGCCAAUGUGAUGGAGGCUGGAGGGUUACCUGGGAAAGUCCACAUCACCAGAUCUACACUGGAGUGCCUAAAUGGAGACUAUGAGGUGGAGCCUGGAAACGGUCACGAAAGGAACGCCUUCCUCCAAAAACAUGAAAUUGAAACCUUCUUUAUAGUGCCCUCUCACCGACGGAAGAUAUUCCCAGGAUUGAUUCUUUCGGAUGUCAAGCCCGCCAAAAAGAUGAAGUUCAAAACUGUGUGCUACUUACUCGUGCAGCUUAUGCACUGCAGGAAGAUGUUCAAGGCUGAGAUUCCGUUCUCCAACGUCAUGGACUGCGAGGACGGUGAUAAGCGGCGAGCCAUGCGUACAGCUCCACAGAAGCUGAGGAACCGUUCCAACACCAACCAGGCUAAAGUGAUCCAGAGCAGCCCCCGAACGCGGGUCAACCGCUACAUCGGCCGGCUGAUCGAGGCCCGGCAGACGGAGUCGGACACGGCUGACCUCAACGUCCUCACACUCAUGUAUAAAUGCUCUGAGCGCGAGCAGAGGUACCACCAGAUUCCCGACGAGUACUUCACCAGCGCGGUGGUCCUCUCUCUCAUCCUCGCUGCCUUGUUCGGCCUCGUCUAUCUCCUCAUCAUACCACAGGGCAAAGUGAUAUUAGUCCUCCUCGUCUUCUGCAUCUGUUUCCUAGUAGCUUGUAUCAUGUACCUGCAUAUCACUAGAGUACAGUGUUUUCCAGGGUGCCUGACCAUUCAGAUUCGCACUGCUCUUUGUAUUCUCAUAGUGCUCUUAAUCUACGCUGUGGCCCAGGCCUGUGUGGUGGGCUGCAUGCCCUGGUUGUGGGCAGGUAGUGCCAACACUAACAGCUCCAUCGUCAUCAUUGAUAACAUCAGUGGCACCAACCGCACUAUGGCGGAGCUGCCUUGUGACGGUGCCCGCUACGCCUUUCUUUCCUGUGUUGUAGGCACCCUCACGCUGGCAAUUUUCCUGCGUGUCUCCUGGCUGCCAAAGAUGGCGCUAAUGCUCCUUCUGGGGGUGCUGUAUGUCACUGUGUUGGAGCUCAGCGGCUUUCGCAGGACUGCGGGUGGGGGGUCCUUCCACAUCCGGGGCUACGAGCCCAUCCUGUCUCUGUUGCUCUUUGUCAGUGCCCUGGCCCUCCACUCCAGGCAACUUGACCUCAAACUACGCCUGGACUUCCUAUGGGCUGUGCAGGCGGAGGAGGAAAGAGAUGGCAUGGAGAAAGUGAAGUUGGACAAUAGGCGGAUCCUCUUCAACCUUCUGCCGGCCCACGUGGCGCAACACUUCCUGCUGUCAAACCCCAGGAACAUGGUGAGCUCCGCUAAUACACAGGCAGGCAGACAGACAGAGAAACAGGACCUAUACUAUCAGUCCUAUGCACAAGUAGGUGUCCUGUUCGCCUCCAUUCCAAACUUCAAUGACUUCUACAUUGAGCUGGACGGAAACAACAUGGGCGUGGAAUGCCUCCGACUCCUGAACGAGAUCAUUGCCGACUUUGACGAGCUCAUGGAUAAGGAAUGCUACAAAGACAUAGAGAAAAUCAAAACCAUUGGCAGUACAUACAUGGCAGCUGUGGGCCUCGUCCCCACCAUUGGUACAAAGGCCAAAAAGUCCGUUUACGACCAUCUGAGCACAAUAGCAGACUACGCCAUCGAGAUGUUUGACGUUUUGGAUGAAAUCAACUAUCAGUCGUACAAUGAGUUUGUCCUGCGAGUGGGUAUCAAUGUUGGUCCAGUGGUUGCAGGCGUGAUCGGGGCACGGCGACCUCAGUAUGACAUCUGGGGCAACACGGUGAACGUGGCCAGUCGCAUGGACAGCACUGGAGUACCUGGAAAGAUACAGGUGACAGAAGAGGUCUAUCGCCUACUGAACACCAACUAUGACCUGGUGUGUCGUGGCAAAGUCAGCGUUAAGGGGAAAGGUGAGAUGCUGACCUACUUCUUGGAAGGGAAAGUUCAGGGUGUGGGCACAGCAACCACCUCUUCAGUGGUGCGUUCCGCCAGCUUGGCGCGUCGCAUCCACUCCUGUGGGAAGACGAGCGUCCCGACCAAUCUGGGCAGCGUCUCCUCUGCCGCCAGCCUGACCGUGCACGCCAGCAUGGGCAGCAACGUUCUGUUGAACGCUGCCAACAGCAGCAACAGCCAAGUAACAUGCCUGCCGUCUUCCUGCGUGCCCGCAGUGGGUGAGGAGGACGAGGAGGAGGAGGACAUAGAGGUGACGGAGAUCGAGAUUAAGGCUGUGGCAGCUGUUGCCGAUGUAGCAGUGUAGGAGGAAAGAUGGGGACGAUGAAAACUUAGAGCUAAAAGGAAAAAGGAAAGGAAAACCCUGGCUGGAGGCCUAUAAAAGACAGGGCUGUCCAGGCGUUUACUUUAAAACCAGAGAUGCUGGCAAAACCCAAAAUAAGCUCAUUCAGGACAUGAACUUUUGGAGCAAUGAUCUGGUGACGCAGACAAUCAUUCUCACUUUUAGGGAUUUUUGAAAUGCUUUCCACGCUGUGCAAAAGUGCAGUGAAAGAGGAGAGAGAGAUAUUUGCAAACUUACUUGCAUUUUUAAUAACGUCUCUUUACCAGAUAAUUAGCUGUGUGGCGACCAUGGGUUCCCCAUCAGAGCCAGGUAUUAUGUGCAUCUUCAUCAUUUAAUAUGUACAGUACAUUAUAUUCCAUGUGCAAGGGGAUAUAUGUGCACUGGUAUUCUUUAGAGACGACUGAAACCCAGCGCUACUGCUUUUGUACUGUCUUUCUGAUUAUGGCAAGGAUUCAUUGCAUUAUUUACAGGAUACAAUGGUGUUGUUUCUUUUCGGUGUAUGUAAGCAUGCGCGCGUGUGUGUGUACCUGUGAGUGUGUGUGUGCAUGCAUGAUUAAAUUCUGAAUUGUAAUGAAACAGCACAAAAUCUUUUUUUAUACUCAGAGCUCACUGGACAAAAUAGGCUUUUUUUUCUUUUUCUCCCCUGAGAUUCACUCACAGCUCGUGCAUGACUUUAAUACUUUAACACUAAGUUGACAGCCAUUCAGGAUUUCCCAUUGAAUGAAAACCAAAGUAUUGAGCUUUCCAUAUUUUUUGUUUUAAAUUUCACCCCAUGUGUCGCCUCACCAUUUAGGCGAGGUUGAGAUGUGGCAGUGGGUUGGACAUAUGUGGCUUGUUAAUCAGACAUCAUCAGUAAAAUGAAAGUGUUAUGGUUUAAUAAAUACCCAAUACUCUUACCAGGUUGCGCACAGAUACUGAAGAGGCAGUAUAGGACAUUGAAAGGGUACAAACCUAAAAAAAAAAUGCUAUUUUUACUGGUUGAAUGUGAGCUGCUCUGAACACGGAAAAUACAUUACAUAGAGGACCAGUGCACAUCCUUGCGUGGACACACAAAUAGACACCUGAGCAAGUCACGAAAGGCACGCAGAGGAGAGCACAUCCAUUACUUGAACACGCACAAUGAGCACGUCACCUCAACAAAUGCACAGCCCUUUCCUCUGCAAACAAAUCAUGUACAUUCACAUAUUUACUCGGGACACCUGGCUGCUGCUGCUGCUGCUGCCUUCUUUCAGGCACAUGCAGAACUGCACCCACCCCCACACUAUAUUCAAGAUGCAUCUGAAAUUGUAAGCUUUAGCACAUCUCUCUCAGAUAGUCUCGGCAAUUGUGAGGCGCGUUCACAUUAUACUCUGGUACCGUCCAUACCAUGCGCGUGAUACUUUUGCCGGACAUGCAAAAGUGUAAAUACAUCAUAUUUGAAGUUUUUUGCCUUACUCGAUAAGCUUACCGUGAUUGCAACUUGCCUUUUUAGAUAUAUUCACUUUGAUAUGCAGAUCAUACUUUUUUUGUAAAUAGCCAAAAGCUGUAAACUAUGUUGUAUCUUGUACAGUGUAAAGUUGGGUUAUUAAAUAUUUUGUAAUAAAGACAAUAUUGGUGUAUAAAAUACA